AUGCGGUGGCUGUUUAUCAAAGCGCUACCGGUUAUGACCAUGCUGCUUCUGCAGUCGGCGUCGGCUGUGCCGGUGGACGGCCGAGAUGGCCCAUUAAAGGUGGUCAAGACGAUCUCCAGCGCCAACGGCCAAGUCAUCGAUUGGAUCGUGCCCGAAUCGCAGGGUAAAAUUGCCAAUCGUCCGCCGCCGCCUCCCAAGGGCAAUCGCAGCGCCCAGCCGGUGGAUAUCGAGACGCUGAUUCCCCGGGACCCUGCUAUGAACGGCCCGAAGGGCACGGUGCCGAUCCUCCGGAGCGGUGGCCCCACUCCGCCGAUUAAGCGGCUGCCAGAGCCGGGGGACGACGGGGCGGGCGCCAACCAAACGUCGGCCAAGGCGUCGUACGCGGGCCAGCACUGGUACGCGAGCUCGAGCCAGGCGGUUGCCAACCGCGGUGGCGGGGCGACGUUUAGCCUGUUCCAGCCGUACGUGCAGACCGGCAGCGACUUCUCGCUGCUGCAGACGGCCGUCAUCCGCGGCAACGGUACCGGCCCUGUGAUGCAGACGGUCGAGGCCGGCUGGAUCAACUACCCGAACCAGGUGCAGCCGCCGCACCUCUUUACUUACUUCACCACCAACGGGUACAGCGGCGACGGCGACGGCCUCGGCGGUUGGAACCGCGAGCACGCCGGCUGGGUGCAAAUCGACGGUCUCAUCUACCCGGGUGUGCCUUUUGCGCCCGUCGCCAUCGACGGCGGGGCACAGUACGAGGUCGAGAUUGGCUUCUUUCUCUUCGAGGGCAACUGGUGGCUGUGGGUACUGGACCGCUGGAUCGGCUACUACCCAGGCUCGCUCUUCGCGCGCAACGUCGCGGCGCCCGACACGCUCGCCGCCGGGUCGGACCGCAUCAACUUUUACGGUGAAAUCUUUAACAGCGGGCCGCAGAUGACGACGACGGACAUGGGCAGCGGCGAGUUUCCCGAGCGCGGCUUCGGCCACGCCGCCUACCUGCACAACAUCAUCUACCUGGACGCCGACAACGGCCGCGUCAGCUACGACUUUGACGGCAGCGCCCAGAUCAUCGUCAGCGACAGCGACCGCUACCGUAUCCAGCCCUCAUUCAAGUCUGGCGGCAGCUGGGGCAGCUACUUUUAUGUUGGCGGGCCCGGUGCCGGCGGCGUAGUUGGGGGGUGA